GCUCUUCCCAGGGUUGAAGCGGCUGCUGGAAGACAAAGAGAAUGCCAAUCAGAGCACGCUGGACAACUGAGAGACACAAGCAGCAUUGAAAUGGAAAGCAAAUGAAGCCAACAGUCAAAAUAAUUUCUAUUUUCCCCCAGAAAACCAGAGACUUUUCUUCACUAAUUUCCAAAUUCAAAAAACAUGGGAUGUCAGUGGGAAGGAAAAAGUCACUUGGAUAGCCAUGUAGGGGAGACAGCACUACAGGCCUCAUCUGUGUGGAAGAAAACAGUAGCUUGAAUCAAAACUCCCAUCUAACAAGGGAUACAAAGAAUUUUUAACUUCCUUGAGAAUCCAAGAAUGCCAAUGGUGGAAAAACACCAUAGAUGUACAUAUUGUGGGGAAAUCACAGUUGAUAAUACACCAUGUAUGAGUGUCCAGUUUGUGGGAAAACUUUCAGUCAGAAUUCCAGGCUAAUGAUACACCAGUGGACACAUACAGGAGACAAACCAUAUGAAUGUCCAGAAUGUGGGAAAGGUUUCCGUCAGAAUUCCCAUCUGGUGAUACACCAGAAUAUUCACACAGGCGAGAAACCAUACGAGUGUCCAGAUUGUGCAAAAUGUUUCAUUCAGAAUUGCGACCUGGUGAUACACCAGAGGACACACACAGGAGAGAAACCGUAUCAGUGUUUGGAUUGUGGAAAAUGUUUCAUUCAGAAUUUUGACCUAGUGAUACAUCAGAGGACUCACACAGGAGAGAAACCGUAUGAAUGCCCAGUUUGUGGAAAAAAUUUCAAUUGGAAUUCGCACUUGGUGGUACAUCAGCGGACUCACACAGGAGUGAAACCAUAUGUUUGUCCAGAAUGUGGGAAAGGUUUCCGUCAGAAUUCCCAUCUGGUGUUACACCAGAAGAUUCACACAGGCGAGAAACCAUACAAGUGUCCAGAUUGUGAGAAAAGUUUCAUUCGGAAUACUGACCUGGUGAAACACCAGAGGACUCACACGGGAGAGAAACCAUAUGAGUGCCUGAUUUGUGGGAAAAGUUUCAGUCGGAAUUCUCACCUGCUAAUACACCAGAAGAUUCACACAGGAGAGAAACCAUAUAAGUGUCUGGAGUGCGGGAAAGGUUUCAGUCAGAAUUCCUCCCUGGUGAUACAUCAGCGGACUCACACAGGAGAGAAACCAUAUGAGUGUCCAGAUUGUGAGAAAAGUUUCAUUCGGAAUUCUGACCUGGUGAGACACCAUGCAACACACACAGGAGAGAAACCAUAUGAGUGCCUGAUUUGUGGGAAAAGUUUUCGUCGGAAUUCUUUCCUGCUAAUACACCAGAAGAUUCACACAGGAGAGAAACCAUAUAAGUGUCUGGAGUGCGGGAAAGAUUUCCGUCAGAAUUACUCCCUGGUGAUACAUCAGAGAACUCACUCAGGAGAGAAACCUUAUGCGUGUCUAGACUGUGGAAAAUGUUUUAGUCAGAAUUGCAGCCUGGUGAGACAUCAGAGGAGUCACACAGCAGACAAAGUAUAUGAAUGCCCAGAUUGUGGAGAAGGUUUCUGUCUAAAUUCCCACCUGGUGAUACACCAGAAGAUUCACACAGGGAAGAAACUGUAUGAGUGCCCAGAUUGUUGGAAAAGUUUCCUUCGGAAUUCUGAGCUGGUGAUACACCAGAGAACUCACACAGGAGAAAAACCUUAUGAGUGUCCAGAAUGUGGGAAAGAUUUUAGUACUAGGUCUAACCUUAUAAAUCAUGUGCGUAUACACACAGGAGAGAAACCAUUUAAGUGCCCCGACUGUGGACAGUGCUUCAGGAAACAGUCCACCCUUAUCGCACACAAGAAAAUCCACAUGAGGCCCAAAGUGAUGAAUAUAGAGAAGGCUUGAAUUUCCUUUCUUAUGUCCCAUCAUAAGUCCAGCUGAGAAAUUAACUAUUUACUUUUUGGCCUGAUUCUUUUUAGUCAAAUAUGUCAUAGUAUUAGACGUGAAGGAGGGGAGAAAUUUGAUAAUGGCUACGUGGCCAUUAGCAGCAGAAGUUGCUGGAUAUUUAUUUUUGCAGAAAUUGUACAAUUCUGCAAAAAAAAUGGUGGUGUUCUUUGCAUUUUUAUCAU